AGAGGGUGGCCGUGUGUGUGGAGGAGGUGCUGGGACUUGUGGCCACACUCAUCAGGAGCCACAUUAGAGAUGGAGCAGCCAUUCGUGUUAGAUGAUGAAGAGCAAGAUCCAGAGCCACAGCAGAGGUCCCAAGAACCCAUUCAGGUCCUCAAUGAAGAUGCGGAUGAUGAUGCUGAGCUCAUCUUUGUAGGGAUGGAGAAUGUAAAGGAAGAUGCUGAGCUGAUCUUUGUUGGAGUAACUUCAACUUCACAGCCAGCCAACUCGAACAUUUUGAGCAGAGUCACUCCAGGUUCACGGUUAAAAAGAAAGCAUGACCGACUCAGAGAGACCUCUACUGGAUGAUUGCAGCCCUCACAUCCUGCCGCCCCCACAGCAGAGGCAGUGAUUGUCUUGCCAGCGUCCCCAGCUGAAUCGAGAUGGACAGAUAGCCCUAUUAUUAUUGAGCCUUCAUCCGAGUCAGAUUAUAAAAGUAACUCACCACAAGUUGUGCCUAGUAGCUCUUCAAAGUGUUGUUCACCUCUGGUUACACUCUCAAGUUCAAAGAGCAGCCCAGUAAAGGCAGCGCUUUCAGGAGGAGAUGUGAACGAAAAUUUGUAUGUAUCGAAGUGCCAUUUUUCCGUAAAUCCACAGAUGCCUGAAAAUAGUAUUGAGAUUGUAGAACCACUUUCUUCAGGUACCUUCCAUACCUUGAAUGCACAGCAGAGGACACCUUCCUUUGGUGCUCCACACUCACUGAACCAUCUUGGAAAUGGGGUACCUCCUUCAGAGGACUCCGCCCACCCUCGGCAGGACAGUGGACUGGCAGAAGCCAACUUCUCAAGUCAAGGGACAUUUGAUUCCAAGAAAGGAAGCUUGACCCUGUUACUCAGUGACUUUUAUUAUGGACAGCACAAAGGGGAUGGGAGGCCGGAGCAGAAGACUCAUACAACCUUUAAAUGCCCCAGCUGCUCGAAAGCUCUAAAGAAUAUUAAAUUUAUGAACCACACCAAACAUCAUUUGGAGCUGGAGAGGCAAGGGAGUGAGGAUGCCUGGGAGAACCACACCACCUGUCUGCACUGCCACCGGCAGUUCAAUUCCCUGUUCCAGCUGGAGUGCCACAUUGACCGUGUGCACACAGCGCCAGACCCGACUGUGGUCUGCAAAAUCUGUGAAUUGUCAUUUGAGACCGACCAAGUCCUUUUACAGCACAUGAAGGACAAUCACAAGCCCAGGGAGAUGCCUUACGUGUGCCAGGUCUGCAAGUACAGAUCGUCAGUCUUCGCUGAUGUGGAGACACAUUUUACAAAGUGCCAUGUGAACACUAAGAACCUGCUCUGUCCAUUUUGUCUUAAGAUCUUCAAAACUGGGAUGCCGUACAUGUGCCAUUACAGGGGCCACUGGGAGAGGAGCGGCCACCAAUGCUCCAAGUGUCGGCUGCAGUUUUUAACCUUCAAGGAGAAAAUGGAGCACAAGACCCAGUGCCACCAAAUGUUCAAGAAGCCCAAGCAGCUGGAAGGGCUGCCGCCUGAGACAAAGGUCGUGAUCCAGGUGUCUGUGAAGCCAAUGGAGUCAGAGUCUGUGAAAUAGGUAGCAUCAAUCACUGUGAGCACAACUGACUGGGAGCCCUCUUACCCCAGAUCUCAAGGCCGGCUUUCACCAAAGCCCCAUUAACUCUAACCUCAGUCAGAACACAAAUCCUUCAGAGAGACAAGCGUACAAACCUAUCCAUCGGUUAUUCACUGGUACCCAAGAUGAUGAACAGUUGGAUUUUUUUUUCUUUAACUUUGUGAUAAAUCGGGGUUUGUCUGUUUAUUUUUUGGGGGAUUUCUUCUGCUCUCAUGUAGUGCUGGAGCUGGAUCCGAGGCUUCACAAAUAAUAAGCAAGUGCUCUACCCCUCCCCCAUUCCUG